GUUGCCAAUGUAGAAAUGUACUUCCGUAUUUACGUACUUGUCAAGCGACGAUUGGUUGAAAGCAGCUGUGAGGUUCAAACGUGUCUUUAUUCGUUCGUCAUCGUCCUGUCAGUUUGUGCUGGUCAUGAGAACAGAUACACAGAGAUGGAGAUGAUUUACGUUGUCCGCCGGUUUGUCAGGUCGCUGCUUUUUCUGCUCUUGUGGUCAAACUGUGAAGGGAAAGACUCGGAGCUCAACUACGUAACUUGUGGCUCACUGGUCAAACUGCUCAACACCAGACACAACGUCCGCCUUCAUUCCCACGAUGUCAAAUACGGCUCAGGCAGUGGACAGCAAUCUGUGACUGGAGUGGAGAACGCAGAUGAUGCCAACAGUUACUGGCAGAUCCGUGGGAAACCCAACCGUCCAUGUCAGCGUGGGGUGGCCAUCCAGUGUGGUCAGGCCAUUCGCAUCACACACAUGAAGACCGGCCGAAAUCUCCACACACACCACUUCAGCUCCCCUCUGUCCAAUAACCAGGAGGUCAGUGCCUUUGGAGAGAAUGGUGAGGGUGACGACCUGGAUGUAUGGAUGGUUCAGUGUGAUGGCACAUACUGGGAACGCGACGAGGCAGUACGCUUCCGACAUGUGGGCACUGACGUUUUCCUGAGCGUGACAGGCGAGCAGUAUGGCCAUCCCAUUCGUGGACAGCGUGAGGUGCAUGGCAUGAUCGCCCCCAACCAGCACAAUUGGUGGCGCACCAUGGAGGGUGUCUUCAUUCAGCCAAGCCAGGAGCUGUUUCAGCACGACGAGCUGUGACAUCUUCACUCUGAGAACAAAGCAUGAACUUAUGUGCACAGUCUGUAGAUUCCUACUGCUGUGUUUGUUUUAUAGCUUGCCUUGACUGAAUGUCAUGUUGUGGUGAAACUUUUUUGAUUAAUGACUCAUCUCUGUACAUGUGAAACUCAGGGUGCUUUGAGAUGAGCAGGAAUUGUUAUUUGAAUAUGUUCAGUGAUACUGUAUGUCAGUUUCAUAGGGAAGAAUCAAAGUUACAUCAACAAACAUUCCAGGAAAACUGUCCUGAAUUCCAAAAUUUAAAAAAAUAUACUUCUAAUGAGCAAUAUUAGUUAAAUGUGAGGUCCUAUGUUAAUUAAAACUCAUGUUUUAGUAGAUAAGCAAUAAAUAUAUUAUUAUUAUUAUUUUUUUUUUUUUUUUUAAAUUAAAAGAUUAGUGCAACCACUUUGGACUGAUACACAGCAUUUACUUCUGUGUGUGGGUAUGUUGCUUCUGUUGAUUUAGAUCCUGGGCAAUCAACAACCAGUUGUACCAGUAGUAUCACAUGGAAGUUCAUCUUUUUUUGUUUUCUUAAAAAGGCAGACUUUCACAUUUUUGCUCCCUUCCUCAAUUUAAUUCAUCCACCUGUAAGUAAAUUUUCACAAUAAACCUGUAAUAUUUGUGAAACAGCAACAGCACUUGUGCUUUUGGUCAGCCACUUAGGGCCUGCGUCAUACCAAACUAGCAGCUACAUUUGCAUUAUACAAACAUGUUACCUGCUGAUAUAGAUGGGUUUUGGAAGAAGAGGCUGAACUACUAAUAAGACGUUCCAGUGCUUUAGGAACAGUGUUUUAUGUGAUAAGUAAGAGUGGUAAUUCCCUUUGGUGUGGACUUUGCCCUUUUCACCUUUGUUUGUCCUACUACUUAUUGUUCAAGCUGAGAUGACACUGAUGCCAGGGUUAUUUUCUUAGAUUUCCUGAACCUCCACAUUCAGCGGUGGUAUCAUGCAACAUCAGUCAGUUGAGUCAUCCAGUUGGAAUAUUAUCAAUAGAAUCAUCUACAGCGAAAAUUGUUGUAGCUACUAAAUCUGGGAUAUGUACAUUUAUGUUAAAUCAGGAUACCUCAUUAAAUAUUCAUUUUUUUCCCACA